GCGCUUCUACCGCGCAUUCAGCGUUUCCGCUCACGCCGGCAUUCUUUGACAUUUCACCUCAGUCUCCCCCGGCGAUUCAGAGGGACCGGCCAGCCAGGACAGGAAAUGGUGAUAUGCCGACUACCGGCUCAGUUCUUCACCGGGACGAAGGAUAUCUCCCACCCAAUUCGACCGCUUCCUUGCGCCAUUACUUCUCUUUCUCCUUCAAAGACAGUUGAUUUGGUUGAGAGUCGGAUGUUUAUGCUGGGAAUGGGAUACGUGGGGCAAUUCUUCGGCCAGCAACUAAAAAAUGAAGGCUGGGUUGUGAAGGGGACUUGCAGGAGUUCAAGGAAGAAGAAGGAGCUCGAGGAGAUAGGGUUUGAUGCUUUUGUCUUCAAUGCUAGUGAGCCUGAGUCCAGCGUUUUGAGUUCUGUUAGUAGCUGUACUCACCUCCUUGUCUCCAUCCCUCCAGUUCCUGGUCUGGGGGAUCCGUUGUUGAAGCAUGGAGAGCUUCUAAGAGGUGCUUUGGGGGAUGGAAGUCUUCAAUGGCUCUGCUACUUGUCUUCUACUGGCGUAUAUGGUGAUUGUUCAGGUGCUUGGGUCGAUGAGGAGUAAGGAAGCAAUCCCACUUUGUAAUGUUUGAACUAAUAUUCACAUCGAAUGGAAGUAAUUAUACACAAACCAUACUGUGGCAGCUACCUAGCAAACCCUUCAAUUGAGCCAGCAAAAUCAAGGUUGCUUGCUGAGAAUGAAUGGUUAAGUUUCGGCGAUUCACUAGGGUUAUCAACGCAAGUGCUUCGACUUGGGGGCAUCUAUGGCCCUGGCAGAAGUGCCAUCGACACAAUGAUCAAGCAGCAACCUUUGACUUCACGUCAGAAAAUGAGAUCGUCCAAGCGGUAUACAUCCCGAGUUCAUGUAGAGGACAUCUGUCAGGCCCUCCGGGCUACCAUCGAGAUGCCAUCCAUUAGGAGAAUCUACAAUGUCGUGGAUGAUGACCCGGCUCCACGAGAGGAGGUAUUUGCAUAUGCAGAGGACCUGGUCGAAAAGAAAUGGCCUGGCUUCAUCGAGCAAGCACCUCUGACCCCCAAGGAGGACAAGCCAUGUGUCUUCGGUAAGAGGAGCUCGAGAGGCGAGAAACGGGUGUCCAAUGCUCGUAUGAAGAGCGAGCUGGGAGUGAAGCUUCGUCAUCCGAGUUAUAGAUCUGGACUCCUGAGCAUCACUGAGCAACUCACGUUGUAGCAACUGUCAAUUUGUGAGAUCCGUUUGUGUGGAGAUGCUAAUCAUCUGUUGAAGUGAUAAUACUAUACUAGUGUCUAGUCUGAUGUUGAUGAUAAAUCGUCGCAUACUUUCGAGUUUCGACUAAGAAUCAACCGAACAACAACAAAGCAAAAAACCCUUAUCUAAUUCAUAUCCAUCGGAUUUGUAUUCAGGAUGUAAUAUCCAGCCAUAGUUUAAGUUGGAUUGCAACUUCAGUCUUCAGAAAAACAUUGGCACAGGUCACAGAGAGGUGG